AGCUCACACCGCGAGGAUCGCCAUGGCCAGCCUGGUGGAGCGCGACGCCGCGGUGGUGGAGGGCCUGCUGCAAAAACUGCGCAAUCCAGAGACGGGGCUGGCAGUGAAAUAUCGGAUUCUCUUCUCUCUGCGCGGGAUUGCCGGCCCGGAGGCCCACGCCGCGAUGCUGGAAGGACUCAAGGACCCCUCCGCCCUGUUCCGUCACGAGGUGGCCUACUGCCUGGGCCAGCGGCAGGACCCUGCAGCGGUGGAGACGCUCAAGCGGAUACUCAAAGACGAGGGGGAGCACCCCAUGGUGCGGCACGAGGCGGGCGAAGCGCUGGGCGCGAUCGGCACCGAGGAGUGCCUGGCGCCGCUGCGGGAGCACCUGCGCGACCCGUGCGCAGAGGUGGCGCACACGUGCCAGCUGGCGCUGCAGCGCAUCGAGCACUUUGCGGCGGUGCAGGCGCAAGCCGACGCCGCUGCGGCCGAGGCCGGCACCGACGCCGCGCCCUCAGAAUCCCGGUACUACUCGGUUGACCCCACCCCCGCGGCCCCCGCGGCCACGCCGCUGUCGCAGCUGCGCGCCACGCUGCUGAGCGAGGAGGCGCCCAUCUUCCAGCGGUACCGCGCCAUGUUUGCGCUGCGCAACCGCGGCGGCGGCGACGCGGUGGCGGCGCUGGGCGCCUCCUUUACCGCAGCUUCCUCGGCUCUGCUGAAGCACGAGGUGGCGUAUGUGUUGGGCCAGAUGCAGGACGCGGCUGCCGUGCAGACACUCAAGGAGGUGCUGGGGGACGCUACGGAGAAUGCCAUGGUGCGGCAUGAGGCGGCCGAGGCGCUGGGCUCCAUUGCCGCCCCAGAGUGCCUCGAGCUUCUCAAGCAGUACGCCGAAGACCCCGAGCCCAUUGUGGCAGACAGCUGCAUAGUUGCGCUGGACAUGCUGCACUUUGAGCAGAGCGGCGGCUUCCAGUACGCCGAUGGAGGGGAGGCCGCGGCGGCGGAGCAGGCCGGGGCGGCCGCCGUCGUGGCCAGCGCCUGA